GACCAAGACAGGUUAAGUGAAGACAUCGCCGGCGGGAACUCCUCAUCCCUUUACGAGGCCAACAGCAGGAUUUGACCAACAUCCUGCCCACGCUCGUUACGCCUCUACGCGCAUCAAUUCGAGCAUACGAAUUCGUAUUCGCGAUUACUGCGAUUCUCUCUGUCUUCCAGUUUCAGAGUUGGAGGGGCAAUUAGCCUGCAUCCCUUGACACCACGACAAAAAACUUGCCAGUUGCUUGUACGACCAGCGCUCAACCUGGGGUACAUCACGGUUUACUAUUUGAUUACGGCAGACGCAGAUCCGCAAGACCAAGGCAAUUGCUGGCUGUGAUUCACUUUUCUUCCUCACUCGCCAUCAAACCUCGAUCGUGGUUGUGGUCUGCAAACAAAGAACCCUCGGAGGCCACCCUCGCCUCACUGCAAGACGCCUCUCUCCCUCGCUCGUCCACGAACGUCUCGAACGCUUUGUACAGCAAUUGGAUAGCAGAGUCAUCAUGAGGCUCUUACAAAAAUCAUCAGUUCUCUCCGCGGCCCUUGCGGUCUCGCUGCUGGCGACGGGUGCAUCCGCGCAAGAUGCUGCUGCUUCAGAUCUUCCCAAUCUCUCGACGGCUACACAAGUAAAUGGGAAAACGAGUGCUGAUACCAAUACUGGCACAUCGGCGGCAACUACUGCGGCGCUCCCAAAACUCCCAUCUUCAGGGCCCAGCAACAGCGGACUUCCGUCACUGCCAACGGAUCUGCCAACAUUGACGGGUGUACCUACAAUCGUCACUCCCGUCGUACCCAACACCAACCAAGCCCCCUUCAUGCAACAAAGUACCAUGCCCGAUGGCACAGUCUUCAUUAUCGUCGGAGCCAUCCUCGGCUUCAUGGCCACGAGCGUCCUCCUCUGGCGUGGCCUGGUCGCCUGGGCCCUCCACCGCUCCGUCAAACGCGCCGCCCUCGCUCAAAACACUACAAUGAACGACACCAAGACCCUCUUCCGCACACCCGGUCCGCCACCCCCAGAAUUCUACAAAUACAAGGACCGCAAGUCUACCAUUUCCCUAGGCCUUAUGGGACACAAGGGUGGCAAGAAGGAAAAGAGAGGGAAUAGAACCACAUCAACAGCAGGCACCGGAGCCGGCGUAAGCGCAAGCAACCUUUUCUUCUCCCCUACCGCAGGCGCAGCAACAGCCUCCCUCUCCAACGCAGGGAACCGCGGUUCCAACUACCUCCCAGCAGGCUACUACGCUGCGGGCGCCGCCCAAGCUGGAGCAGGUCAAUCACAUGUUACUCUCGGCCACCAACCAUCUAUCAGUCUCUCUAACCUCCAGCAAACGCAGGGAUACCCCAGAGCAAGCCGUAUGGGUGAGACGCCGCCUGAUAGUCCAGCGGAUGGUGCGCAGAGCUCGAGUACGCUGAAUUUAAGCCUGGGGUAUGGUGCGCAGGAACGCGCACCGAGUGCGUUUCUCGAGGACCUAUUUGAUGGGGACAAUGGGCCGCCGGUUCCAGGGCAUCACCAGAGAGCUCAUUCAGGGAGCCCGAGAUAUUGAGAGCGGAGGUGACGAAUGAUUGAAAUUGGCAUUGCGUGGACAGAACAGGAAAAGGGAAAGGAAAAGGUGAUGACGCAUGGGAUGGACUGGGAAGGUGCAUAGUUUGGUCUGUACACUGAACGGGUUCUUGCUUUUCUGGAGAACGGCAUUUUAAGUUCCUUUCUCGCAUACUGUUCGGAAAAGGGGUAGGGGUGACGGGGUUUGAUGAUGAGAAACGAGUGGAGAUGUAUAUAGCUAAUGCUGCUACUGAUGAAGAAUGAAGUUUGUUCUACAGG